CAGAGGAGGAUAUACGAUCUGCUGGUGGUGACAUCAGAGACCUCUGCAGACCUCCUCGAGUUCCGACUCGCAUCCAUGUACCAACACAUUGACUACUUCAUCAUCCUCGAGACACCUUCUCCUGCAAAGGCAGAAGACUCUGGCUCUUCGGAUCCCUCGGCACCACCACCCUCCAUCGACCCCCCAACCCUCCUCGACCGCAUCUGGACCAGCCGUCUCUCGUCGUACCACGCCAAGAUCAUCCGCCACACCUUAUCCCAGCACGCCUACGACUUCAAGCACGGCCUCGACCACGCCGCCACCACGCGCAACGCCAUCUUCACGCGCGUGAUCCCCUUACUGACAGGCGCGCAAAAGGUCCAGCUGGGCGACGUCCUGCUCAUCUCGGACGUCGAGGAGGUCCUGCGCCCCGUCACCACGCGGGUCCUGCGCAACUGCGACAUCCCCGAGCGCACGACGGUCCGCACCAGGAGAUACUGGUAUAGUUACCACGAAAAGGGGAACGAGUGGUGGCCGCACCCACAGGCGACCGUUUAUCAAGGCGCAGACACGAUUCUUCCUGAUGAUUUGCGGAAACAGCGCAGCCUGGAUGAGUAUGUGUUUGGUGAUGGUGGGUGGACCUGUCACCUGUGCUAUCCGACCAUCUCAGAGACGCUGGUGAAGUUGGGCGAGGGGGGUGUCAUCUGGCAUGAUGGGCCUCGCUGGAAAGCUGCUGGGCGGGUGGUAUCCAAAGUCAUGAAGGGGAUUGACCUCUACGACCGCACACACCUCGCACGUAUCGAGGUCAACCCAGACCUCCCACCUUACCUGCAGAACAACCCCCACCGCUACAAAUGGCUCCUCGACCGCGACCCCUUGGGCGCCAACUUUGCCGACUUU